AUGAGUACAAACAUGAAUACAAAUCAGAACACAAACAACCAUACAAUUACGGUUAUCAAAUACACUGAUGCUCACGGAGUUUAUAGAGUGGUCGAUUAUGUUGCUGAUGAGUAUGGUUUCAGAGCAAACAUUCGUACUAAUGAACCUGGAGUAGUUAAGAAGCAGUCUGCUUCUGUUAACCUCGAAGUCAACGACCCACCAAAGGGUCUCCCAAAGGCUAGUUAUGAACCCAAUUACAAAGCUGAAUACGGACAAAGCUAUAAAACAGAUCACAAGCCCUACCAUCCUGAAUAUAAAUCACCAAGUUAUCGACCAGAGUAUGAUUCAAAGUCCUACGACCAUGAUUAUCCAGAGCCUGCAUACAAACCCGCCAGUCAUCAUAAGCCCCAUUAUUAUCCAACAAAUGGUUACACUGGAACCUAUGGUCCAUCUUAUGGUACUCCUUACUAUCGCCCAUCAAAUUAUAAGACUGACUAUGUAAAAGAACCUUACACACCAGCUUACAACUAUAAAAUCAUCCGACCCGAUUAUUAA